GAUCCUCAAGGCGCUGUUACGAUUGCCCGAGAAUAAGAGAUGCGCAGUCUGUGAUACUUUGGGGCCUCAGUACGUUGUGGUCAACUUCAGUACGUUUGUCUGUACGAUUUGCAGCGGAGUGCACCGGCAAUUCAGCCAUCGAUGCAAGGGCAUAUCUAUGGCAACGUUCAAGCCAGAAGAAAUUCGGGCUCUUGAAGAGGGUGGCAAUGGGGUUGCUCUGGCAUGCUUUCUUGCGAAGUGGACCCCCAGAGACGCUCCAAAGCCGGUGGACAGGAACGUUGCAAAGAUCCGCGACUGGAUUGACCUGAUUUUUGUGAAAAGGCGCUAUUACAGCAAGGACAUUGCAUAUGUGCCACCAGUGUCCCGCACACAGUCCACCAGCAGUGCUCGAUCUACUGCCUCUCGCGAGAAUGACAUGAGCUUGAAGAUCGGAGCUGGGUUCUCCAGCAAUGGACCCGUGUCUCAGGGGCCCUCAGAGACAGCGCGCACGACAUCAGAGGCCGGCAGCUUGAUUGAUCUGGAGCUGUCGCCGAGCACGGCGGCCCCUGUUGCCAAUGUGGCCCAGCCCAGCAAUGUUCCGGCAGCCCAACCUGCCAUGCCAGCCCACAAUGGAUGGGACACAUUUGGGAACUCCGCGGGUAGUGCACCCGCGGUGGCGCCAGCUGCGCCUGCAAUUCAGCAGCCGCAGGAGGAGGGGUGGUCCACCUUUGAGGAGCCCAGGGUGUCCACCACGCCUGCGCCUGAAGUCAGCACAAGCAGCAGCGCGAGCGGUGCUUUCCACGGAUGGCAGGCCUUUGACACUCCCCAGCCGCCGACUCCUCCGCCCUCCACCGUGCCAGAGCCCCCUUCGCCCCAUGGCCCUGUCAUGAAGGAGCUGCCCAGCGAUCUGUUCUCGGAGAUGGUUGCUCCGCAGCCCAAGGUGCAGCAGCAGAUGCCAGGGGCGCAGCCAUAUAGGCAGCUGGGCACCCCGCUGGGGCAGGCAGGCCUGCUGGUGCACCCCGGCUUUGCGCCUGGUAUGAUGGCAUAUCCCCUGCAGCCGGGCGCUGUGCCGCCGGGCUACCUCAGCCUUGACCAGCACUACUUCCUGUCCAGCCCUGGCGUCGGCGCCGCGCCUCCUGUGCAGCUUGUGGCGGACGCGCCAGGCCCCGGCAGCAGCCCUGCAGCAGCGGUGUCGCAGCCUGCACCUCCCCCAGAGAACGACGUCUUCUCAAGCCUGGUCCCUGGCUUGCGAAGCACCCUUCCCACCGCGCAGUUGCCGCCGCCAAUCGCUGCGGCCCCCACAGCCUCCUUCACCGGCGGCGCGUCGCCGUAUCUGCCGCAGUAUAACGCCGCUCAGCAGCCUCUGCAAUUCCAGCCUUACGGCGCCAUGGGCAUGCAGCAAUACGGACAGCCGGCAGCCGCACAGAGCAACGGAGGGUUUGAGGGUGCCCACAGCAGUGGCGACCCCUUCUUCCAAGGCACAGCGCAACCGGGCAGCAGCUUUGCUGGCGGCCUCCCAGGGCAUGCAGCAUUUGGGGCGCCUUCAGAGGCGAGGCCCAAACGGGCAGGCGGCAAUCCAUUCGCGUGAGGCCGAGGUUGACAGAAGGGGUAUUGUCUCUGUGGGAGUCGCUCAGUGGGGGUAUCCUGCUCAUUGCUGUCUGAGAAUGUAACUGUUAGCGUGUCUUUAGGGUCUUGUCCAGGAACAUUGCCUGCUUGAACUCCUCAGAACUUGGAUAUAGUUUGGCGCUUUUUCAAAUAUGCUCCCCAGUUUGAAACUUUAUGCCUGGGGUACCAUAGUCACUGUCUGAUCGAGGAUUCUAAUAGAUUGUAGUUGCAGUCUCCGAGAGUCUGACGGUAAGCACUGUGCAGCAGCCGGCUCAGCUGGCUGCUGCAGUGCCAUUGUGUGCUUGUUGUCCUAAGCGCGUCAUGUACCUUAUCAUGGUGGCACCGAUUCCUCAUUGUGAACCACUGUUCUAGAUG